AUGGCUUUUUUGAUGAAGAAGAAGAAAUUCAAAUUCCAAACCACUUUCACCCUGGAGGAGCUGACUGCGGUCCCCUUCGUGAACGGGGUCCUCUUCUGCAAGGUCCGGCUGCUGGAUGGCGGGGAUUUUGUCAGCUUGUCGUCAAGGGAGGAGGUGCAAGAGAACUGUGUGCGGUGGCGGAAGAGGUUCACCUUCGUGUGUAAGAUGAGUGCCAACCCGGCCACCGGCCUGCUGGACCCCUGCAUCUUCCGUGUGUCGGUGCGCAAGGAGCUGAAAGGUGGGAAGGCUUACUCCAAGUUGGGCUUUGCCGACUUGAACCUGGCGGAGUUUGCAGGCUCAGGCUCCACAGUGCGCUGCUGCCUGCUGGAGGGAUACGACACGAAGAACACCCGACAGGACAACUCCAUCCUCAAGGUCACCAUUGGAAUGUUCCUGCUCUCUGGAGACCCCUGUUUCAAGACGCCGCCGUCCACUGCCAAGUCCAUCUCCAUCCCAGGCCAGGAUUCCUCCCUGCAGCUGACGUGUAAGGGUGGCGGGACCAGCAGCAGUGGCAGUGGCACCAACUCCCUGACAGGGUCCCGGCCCCCCAAGGCCCGGCCCACCAUCCUCAGCUCAGGGGUGCCAGAGGAGCCGGACCAGAACCUCUCCAGCCCCGAGGAGGUGUUCCACUCCGGCCACUCCCGCAACUCCAGCUACGCCAGCCAGCAGUCCAAGAUCUCUGGCUACAGCACCGAGCACUCGUGCUCCUCCAGCCUCUCGGACCUGACGCACCGCCGGAACACGUCCACCAGCAGCAGCGCCUCGGGCGGCCUCAGCAUAGCUGUGGAGGGUCCCGAGGGCAGCGAGCGUGAGCACCGGCCCCCCGAGAAGCCGCCGCGGCCACCCUGGCCCCCACAUCUGUCGGACCGCUCGUUUCGGAGGAAGAAGGACUCUGUGGAGAGCCACCCGACCUGGGUGGAUGACACGCGGAUUGACGCUGACGACAUCGUGGAGAAGAUCAUGCAGAGCCAGGACUUCACGGACGGCAGCAAUACUGAGGACAGCAACCUCCGGCUGUUCGUGAGCCGUGAUGGCUCCACCACCCUGAGUGGCAUCCAGCUGGCCAACAGGGUCUCCUCUGGGGUCUAUGAGCCAGUCGUGAUUGAAAGCCAUUGAGGAGCGGGCGUCCAGGCUGGAGAAGGGCCCUGCCUUCACAGGCGUCCAGACCCAAGUCAUUCCACAAGGGACCUUCCCCUUCGGAUCACCAUCCGUGCCGCAUUUCAUCUGUGCCUGCUCCAUGCACUCCAGCCCCAAAGCAUCAUUCCAUUGACCUCCCAUCAUUGCUGGGACGCUCAUGGUCCGCCAGGGCCCCGGGCACCACUGUGAAUAUUCUCCUCUGAACCACUAGAGGGCAGGACACAUGGGCCCGUGAAGCAGGUGGGGCCAGACAAACGCGGCGGGGACUGCCCCUCUGGACACCCACCUGGCCCCUUGGCGAGGACAUGCAGCAGCUCCUGCACAUGCAAGGAUGCUUGUGGCUGAGGGGCCUCUUGUUCUGUGUCCCUGCUCACUCCAGGAGCACUGGCCCAGCCAGUGGCCCUGGCAGGGCCUUGCUCCAUUGCUCCCUUGCCCUUGGGGGGCCAGUCCACCCCUGGAAUCCUGCCACCAUGGCCCUCUGACUGCUCAGUGCUUCAGCUGUCCCUUCCCUGUGUCCUGGGGGACCUGCUGGCAGCCUCCUCCUGGGAACC